UCAUACUCUUUACGCUUCAAAUACAAGCACUUCUUGGAAAUCUGGCAGCAUUUUAUAUAAAGAAACAUCUUUGCCAUCUGAAAUCAAGUUGUAUGCUGUUUUUAGAUACAUGACAUAUGAGUCUCCAGUUGAAGGUUUACUUCCGGAACUUGAAGUGUGUGAGAUUGGAAUUGUUGGUUGUCCUCCUUCACAUUAUGGCCUUUUCUGUAACCGAUCGUGUCCAGAAAAUUGUAAUGGGCCAUGUGACCUUGACACCGGGAAAUGUAUAUUUGGAUGUUUAAACGGAUGGCAUGGAGAUAAGUGUGAACAAGCAUGUGAAGCUGGUACAUACGGCAAAGACUGUCUUGCUACAUGUUCAAAACAUUGUUUGUAUCCACAAUGCCAUGGAGUGACUGGAGAAUGCUUAGUUGGAUGUAAUGACGGAUGGCAGGGGUUCCAUUGCUCACAAAGAUGCCCUAGUGGUCAAUUUGGGAGAAAUUGUUCCAUGUUAUGUAAGGGUUGUGUGUCUAGAAUGUGUGAUCCUAAUAAUGGAUUAUGUGAUAUAACAACCGCCUGUAACCCUGGGUAUAUAAACGGAAAAUACUGUAAUACACCCUGCAUUGAUGGUUUAUACGGUAUAAACUGUCAACAGGUAUGCUCACCACUAUGCUUACAUCAACCUUGUGAUCGUAGAACAGGAGAAUGCAUUGGUGGAUGCGUGCACGGAUUACAGGGAAUUAAUUGUACAGAAGUAUCUGCAAUUAAAGAAAACAAUGGUUCCCCAGUAAUAAUUCAAGUUGGUCUUUUCGCUGGAGGUUGUCUGUUUGGUGCUGUGAUCACAACUCUUGUCUGUUGUAUAACCAUAAAAAAGCGAGAAGAACGAACAAAACAAGGAAAGGAGAAUACAAACACGGGGACACAGAGGCUAGAACAACACCAUUAUAACGAUGUUAGAAUGGAAAAUGUAUCUACUUAUCAGGAAAUUACGACAGAAGCCACGUCAAAUGAAUAUGACCAGAUAAACACAGCAUACAUCAAUCACUAAGCAACUGAUAUAUAGAUAAUACACAUGUUUAAGUUUAUAUCUACUAAUACAUAUUCAUUGCAGAUUUAAGUCAUCAUCAUCUGUCAAACACUAAUCAAAUACAUGGUAAUGAGAGUGUGGGUGUC